UCUGGAAAAUUGUUGCACAUUUGGUGAAGAAAACGAGCAAGCUUGGGGCAAAUAUGGGGAAAACGACACUUAGCGCAACCAUUUUUUUGAGACAAGUGUAAAUCCAACUACAGUCACAGAAUUCCCUCCAAAGAAGGGCCUUAUCAUAAUGACAAACCUUAUCCACCAGCAAACCACUGCUUGUAGAAGACUAUGGACACCAAGACUUAGAAGCUCAAAUUGCUAGAGCGAUUGAAACACACAGAAAGCCAUGGCAGCAUUGAUCUGCCACCUUCAACCAACGAAUUUCCACGCUAAAGGCAGGUCGGUUAUUUCUUGCACAAUGCAGCAGCCAACCCAGAGUAACAUCAAGGUGAUCAUAAACGGUGCUGCCAAGGAAAUAGGAAGGGCAGCAGUGAUGGCGGUGACCAGAGCAAGAGGAAUGGAGGUGGCUGGUGCAGUAGACAACUACUAUGUAGGAGAAGACAUUGGAAAGCUAUGUGACAUGGAAGAAGCCCUGGAAAUACCCAUAAUGAAUGAUCUUACAAUGGUGUUGGGCUCAAUUUCACAGUCAAAAGCAACAAGUGUAGUGGUUGAUUUUACUGAUCCUUCAACGGUUUAUGACAAUGUCAAACAGGCAACAGCAUUUGGCAUGAGAAGCAUUGUUUAUGUGCCGCGUAUAGAGCUAGAUACAGUGGCAGCAUUAUCUGCAUUCUGUGACAAGGCCAGCAUGGGUUGCCUUGUAGCACCAACACUGUCUAUAGGAUCUAUACUUCUUCAGCAGGCUGCAAUCACAGCCUCUUUCCACUACAACAAUGUGGAGAUAGUUGAAUCAAGACCUACUGCAAGAGAGCUUCCAUCACAAGAUGCAACUCAAAUUGCCAACAACUUAUCAAACCUUGGCCAGCUUUACAAUAGGGAAGAUAUCUCAACUGAUGUUGUGGCAAGAGGUCAAGUUCUAGGAGAAGAUGGAGUUCGAGUACACAGUAUGGUCCUUCCAGGUCUACCCUCUGGCACAACAGUUUACUUCUCAGGCCCAGGAGAGGUACUAACUCUUAAGCAUGAGAUCACAGAUGUGCAAAGCCUAAUGCCAGGCUUGAUUAUGUCCAUAAGGAAGGUUGUACGACUAAAGAAUCUCGUAUAUGGAUUGGAGAAGCUAUUGUAAAGAUCAGAUGUUGUUCUGUAAAGAUCAGAUGUUGUUCCCACAACAUCAAAUACUAUCAGACAUAGGACUUUGGAGCCUCUGUCCUUAUAUCUCAGACAACACUAACAGAAUUUCAAGAAAAAGAGCUAGCCCAGCAAUCAGAUGAAAGGAAGAAUAUAUAACACAUUGAAUAUGUUAAAUGGCAACCACACCCAGCCAUUCGGAGAGCAUGCAGCAUGUUAGAACUGAUGAGAUUACACUAACAAGACAGAACUGAGGAACAAUUUUUUUGGUCCAGAACUGAUGAGAUUACACAUUUUUUUUUUUUUUUUUUU